AUGCUAACUUCGAUAUCCCGAGAAUUAGGUACACCUCUUCAAGAAGGACUCUUUGCCCUAUCUUUGAGACAAGAAAGCCUGUUCAUGCUCCAAGCAAUCUACAAACUCCCUCAGCACAUUGAUAUAUCGAGAUUCAAAGCGGCUUGGCAAGCAGUCGUGGACUCAAAUUCGACAUUACGAACACGAUUUAUCCAGGCAAAAUGGGGGACAAUUCAAGUCGUACUGGAAUCGAUCCCUAUAGACUGGUUGGAGGAGAGCAAUCUCCAGGUACACCUCAAGAAAGACUGUGAGAUACCAGCAGGAUUUGGGUCGAAUUUAUUACGAUUUGGAAUCAUCACCGAUGUGGACUCGGGCGAAAAGACUUUCGUUUGGACAUUCCAUCAUGCGAUUAUCGAUGACUGGGCCUGGCGACUACUGUUACAGCAAGUCGAUCAAUUUUACAACACGAAGACCUUAGAUCCGCUGGUCGAAUUCAAACAUUUCAUCGCGGCUAUACACCAAAUAGGGAGUGAAGACGACCAUCGACGAUUCUGGUCCGAUUACCUAGCAGAGACUGUUGUGCAUCCAUUCCCAGCUCUGCCAACACCUACAUAUCUCCCAUGUGCAGAUAGUUGCGAGCAACUGCAGAUCAACAUCCCAACAUCGCUGAGAUCAAUAGCAACCCCCUCUACUAUCAUCCAAGCAGCAUAUUCCAUUCUAGUAGCACUCCAGACUAGUGCAUCAGAAGCGAUGUUUGGCCUAGUCCUUGCGGGCCGUAACCUGGACUUACCCGGUCUUGAAAGAAUCAACGGCCCCACGUUCACAACCGUUCCUCUGCGUGUCUCCAUAGAUCCUCGGAGCUCAGUGAUUGGUCUAUUCGAACAAAUUUUCAAGAUCCGCACGGCCAUGAAAGCACACCAGCACUAUGGACUUCAAAACAUUCGCCGGCUCGGCGAUGACUUCGCGAGAGCAUGUGACUUUCGGAGUAUGCUCGUUGUCCAACCUCUAGUAGAGAGGCACCCAAAUAGUCUAUUCGAUACUACAGACAACGCAUCAGACUAUUUGACACGCCAGAUUGCGUAUGCGUUGACGAUGGAGUGCGAAAUCACUAUGACCGGAUUUACUGCCAGAGCGAGUUUUGACUCCAACGUGGUGCCUAGACGCGAGAUGCAAGCAAUUCUGAAAGCAUUCGAAUAUGUGGUUGACACAUUUGCAGCAAAUACUGCUUGCCAGCUUAAGGACAUUCAGCCAGCCAGGAUGAACGAUAUCGGCUCUCUGGCAAUCUUGGACACAAAGGCAUUCGACCUUGCAGUCAUUGCUUGGGAUGGCACUCUUACAUAUCGCCAACUGCAUCUUCUGUCCGAUCGUCUAGCACAUCGUCUACGACAGUUGGGAAUUAGACCAGAGAUCAACGUGCCAAUGGUUUUUGAAAAGUCGCUGUGGGCUGUUGUCGCUAUGUUAACAAUCUUGAAAGCUGGCGGUGCGUUUGUUCCUUUAGAUCCAUCAUAUCCUCGAUUCAGAAUCCAGAGUUUGGUCGAGCAGAGUGAAGGAAGGGUUCUUCUGUGUUCUGAAAAGCUCACAGAGUCUCUCAUCGGUAUUGCACACGAAACACUUGCCUUCGGUCAAUGGACCCGUGUGCAACAAUGUAAAGCCAAAGAAUGCAGCCUAUACAUGAAGCAACUAGGACAUCUUAUGGACAUGAACCGCGGAACCCGCGCCUUCCAAAACUCGUCAUAUACCUUCGAUGCUUGUAUAGUCGAGAUUUUUGUGACAUUGGGUGCUGGAGGGACUGUCUGCAUACCUUCUGAGGAUGAAAAGAUGAACAAUGUUACUGUUCGCCUCUUCCAACUGUACGGGCCGACCGAAGGUUGUGUCGCUUGUUUCGGAACUGGAGUCAAGGACCCAGACACGAAUCCAGGUGUGAUCGGAAAAUGUUUCGUCGGUAGCUACAUGAUCGUCGACGAUACGUUACAGAUUGCCAAGCCAGGUGCUGUGGGUGAGCUCUAUAUCAGUGGGCCACACAUUGCACGAGGGUAUCUUAACCAAUCACGGAAGACUGAGGAGGCUUUUGUGAGCACACCAGACUUGAUAGCCUAUCUUCACCCGGAAAUCGACGGACAACGAUGGUACAAGAGUGGAGAUUUAUGUGGGCAACAAGUUGGCCAUCCUGCUCUUGAGAUCAUUGGACGACGUGACGGACAAGUGAAGCUUCGAGGAUAUAGAAUCGAGCUUGGUGAAGUGGAAUACCACCUGCGACAAGUCUUUCGCAAUGUUAUGGAUCUGACCGCUGUGGUUGCAGCACCGGCCGAUGAUAGCGGUCCUUCUUUCCUCGCAGCUUUCGUUCGUCCCAAGGAUCUUCCGGUCUUAUUUGCCAGAACACUCGAGACAAUGCUUGCACGUCUCCCAGCGUACAUGGUACCACAAAUUCUUGUACCAGUGGCCAGCUUGCCUCUUACCACGUCUGGAAAGAUAGACAGACGUCUUCUAGAAACCAUGGCCUCAGACUUGACGGUAGAGCAACGUGCCAUGUUUUCCGGUGAACGUGAGGAAUACGUGACAACAUCCAGCGAUUUAGAAAUCCGCAUACAACAAUUAUGGGCACAAACAUUGAAGAUCGAUCCAAGCAAGAUAGGAAAAUUCGACAAUUUUACCCGAUUGGGAGGCGACUCCAUACUAGCCAUGAAGCUCGUAAGUCUAGCGCGCGGAGACGGGGUCAAUUUGACUGUCAAGGACUUGUACCGAUACCCGACACUUUUCGAAUUGGCAAAGACCUCUACGCUGAUUGAUGCAAAUGCGAAUUCUCCUAUUCACGAUUUUCCCGCGUUCUCCUCGGUCGGUGGUCAAGCAAAUGCUUCGUCUAUUGUCCAAAGCCUCUCCGAGCAAGGUAUCCUCGUGAAUGAUGUUGAGGACGUUGUCCCAACGUCACCAUUUCAGGAGGGUAUCAUGGCAUUGUCCAUCUCCUAUCCUGGAUCCUAUUUCGCCCAGCACGUCUUCGAACUCACUGAUGAUCUGAGCGGUAAUCUUGAGAUGUUCCGCACUGCUUGGGACAACGUCGUUGCUUCACAUUCCAUUCUUCGGACGAAGAUUUUUCAAUCGACGUCAAGUGGCUUGGUGCAAUUAGUAAUGAAGAACGCGUUCAACUGGUCAGAUCAUGGAGGCUUGGAAAACUACUUAUCUAAAGACAGAGCAGAGACCAUCGGCUUGGGAUCUCCGCUACAUCGAUAUGCCAUUGUUGGACCCAAUGUGACAAAUAAGUAUCACUUCGUGUGGACGACUCAUCAUGCAUGUAUGAUGGGUGCCUCGGAAGCGUUCUGGCUUGCCAAUCUCAGCACUGGAGAGUCUGCAAAGUUCCCUGUCGUUCUCAUGGGAUAUUCGCCUGUUCCUAGUCAAUCGAACACACGCAAUAUUGACUUCGCUCGCAGAAAGCGUUCAGAAUUUCGAGUAUCUACACUUGUCAGAGCAGCAUGGGCUAUCACCGUCAGCACCUAUUCUCAAUCGAACGAUAUUCUAUUUGGAGUCACGCUGUCUGGACGUGAUGGUGUCUUCGAGAAUCUUGCUUCAGUUGUUGGUCCGACGGUUACCACAGUACCUGUUCGUCUCGUCCAGGAUCCUCAAAUCACAGAAAUCGAACAGCUUCGCAAAGUAGAAGCUCAAAUGAUCGAGAUGAUGCCUUUCGAACAGACUGGGUUGACACAGAUACGAAAGAUGCAUGGCACCCUCAGACAAGCCUGUGAUUUUCAGAUUUUGCUGGUCAUACAACCAGAAGAGUAUUCUAACAUCGACAAGUCGAUUCUAGGCCCACGAGUAAGAAAUUCGGACAGCUCACAGGUCUUCGAUACCUAUUCUUUAACCAUGGAAUGCACUUUGACAAACGAUGGACUUAUUGCUAAGGCAAUUUUUGAUCCAAACGUCAUUGAAGUGAACCAGAUGGACAGGAUUCUCUCCCACUUCGACCACGUCCUCCAAAAACUCUGCCUCGAGGAAGCCGAGAAGACAAUACGUGAAAUCAACACCGUCAGUUCAGAAGAUCUAGGAGAGAUAUGUAGAUGGAACGCAGUCUUGCCUGAGCCCUCUCAGUCGCGUGUCCAUCACUUGAUCGGUGAAGUCAUCUCGAAGGAUCCUCAUGCACCAGCAAUCUGCUCUUGGGAUGGGAAUCUGACGCGUGGCCAAUUAGACAGUCUCUCAUCAAACCUUGCUCGAGAACUAGUGGAACGAGGAGUACGUAGCGAAUGCAAAGUGCCUCUGCUCUUCGACAAGUCGAAAUGGGCAGUGGUGGCGAUACUCGCUAUCAUCAAAGCCGGUGCGGCUUUCGUCCCACAAGAUCCACUUCAUCCUACUGGCAGACAUGCCGGGAUCGUGGAACAAAUCAAUGCUAGCAUCAUUUUAUGUUCUGAAGAACACAAGAAUCGAUGCCUCACCACUCUUCCACAACUUCAAACUAUUGCAGUCGAUAAUUCGCUAUUCGACCUCUCAUCAAACCUAGAUCCAGUGGUCUCUGACGUUGGGCUGAACAAUGCAUUGUACGUUGUCUUCACAAGUGGCACAACUGGAAAUCCCAAAGGGACUGUGAUCGAACAUGGAGCAUAUUGCUCUGGAUCAAGAGAGCACGACAAAGCUCUACAUUUCUCCGAGAGCUCACGCUUUCUUCAAUUUGCCUCUUACAGCUUCGAUACCAGUAUCGAGGACAUCUUAACCACUUUAAUGACAGGUGGUUGCUUGUGCAUUCCUUCAGAGGAGGAAAGAGCUUCUGAUAUCGCUUCCGCAAUUGUACGUAUGAACGUCAACACUGCCGAUCUGACUUCCUCAUACAUCAGCUCCCUAUCACCAGAUACGGUUCCAAGUCUGAAGCGAAUAACCCUUGGUGGAGAGCCUCUGACUUCCAAGGUUGUCAAGAUCUGGGCUGAUCGUGUGCAUCUCAUCAACGCAUAUGGUACAACCGAAUGUUGCGUCACAAGUCUCGUCAACUGGAGCAUAUCAAAGUCUACUGAUCCAGCAAACAUUGGCCGCGCUGUUGGUGCAGUGAGUUGGAUUGUUGAUCCUGAUGACGCGAAUUUGCUUAUGCCAAUCGGUGCGAUUGGGGAACUUCUCAUUGAAGGACCUGCUCAAGCUAGAGGGUAUUUGAAUGAUGAAGCAAAGACAAACGCGGUUUUCAUCCACGACCCAACCUGGGCUUUGGAUACCCGCCUCCCACGGCGUCCAGGUCGGCUCUAUAAGACAGGUGAUCUGGUCCGUUAUAACGCUGACGGGACAAUCAUUUAUAUUGGGAGGAAAGAUACACAAGUCAAGCUCAGAGGACAAAGAAUCGAGUUGGGAGAAAUUGAACAUCAUAUUCUCGACCAGCCAAAUGUCAAGCAUGCCGCAGUCUUCUUACCUGCAGCCGGACCAUACAAGGAUACUAUCACUGCUUUAGUCGAGCUUGAGAUCAGUACAGCUGCACUCGAGGGGAUCGACAUCCAGGUUGUGCCAGCUUCCGUACUGGAUACUGCAAACUUCAGCUGGUCAGACGUUUCAGAUCGUCUGCGAGACGCCCUACCUAGUUAUAUGCUCCCAACGUGCUGGCUGGCCAUCAAAGCAUUACCACUCUCCACAUCCGCAAAGCUCGACCGAUCAAAACUCAACAAAUGGCUCUCCAACCUUCCCCAAGACCACAGAUCAGAAAACACGCUUACCCCCACUAGAACACAACUCAUCCCCUUCGACGACGAAAUCGCUCUCUCGAUCAGUACUCGCGUAGCAGAACUCUGCACCCAAAACACCACAGAAAUCAUCGGGAAAAACGUCAACCUCACCAGCAUCGGAAUCGACUCCAUAAAAAUGAUGAGUCUCUCCACCUUCCUCAAACGCACUUUCAACGUCCCCGUCCCCAUGAAAGUACUCAUGAACCACCGGACGACCAUUACCGAUAUCUCGGCGCACAUCUACUCUACUCGGUCCUCCAAAGAGACAUCCCCAUCUCCAGAGCCAUCUUUCGCCGUAGAUCUCCUCUCCGAAUUCUCUCUCCUAGAUAAAGAACUGGCUUCUCUCCCCCAGCCUCCCUCAAACGCACUAGGGACAGUUUUCCUCACAGGCGCAACCGGCUUUCUAGGCUCUCAAAUCCUCCGCCAACUCCUCACCCACCCCUCCGUCUCAAAAAUCUACAUCCUAAUCCGCGCCCCGUCCCUCUCUUCCGCAGAACAGAAACUCAUCAACUCCGCCAAAGCCCUUAACUGGAACCUCGCCCCACUACCCACCACACUCACCAUCUGGCUCGGAGACCUCUCUCUCCCGCACCUUGGCUUGAGUCCCGAACAGUGGAAAGUCCUGCAAGAUGAUAUCGAUACCAUAAUCCACAACGGCGCCAUCGUGCACUGGAACUCGGAUUUCCACACCCUGAAGCCCGCAAACGUAGGCUCGACGGUCGAACUGCUGAAAGCGUUCUCAACCCCCCGGAUUGCCCGAAGGAGAAAUUCCUCUACGUCUCAGGAGGCCGCUCGUUCCCCGCUGAUGAGAAAGACGAGGAGAUUGCGAGGAGAUUGGGAGCCUUGGAUGGGUAUAGCCAGAGUAAAUUCUUGGUCCGAGAUGUUGGUUCGUGGGUUUGCGAAGAGAGGGGGGAAUGAGGACGUCGAUGUGAAGGUCGUGAAGCCGGGACUUAUUGUGGGGACGGAGGAAGAGGGUGUUCCGAACCAGGGCGAUUUUCUGUGGAGGUAUGUUGGUACUGUUGUGGGGAUGGGUGUCUAUCCUGUGCCGGAAGAGAAUGGGUGGUUGGUUGUGUCGAGUGCGGAUCGUGUUGCGGGGUUUGUUGUUCAAGCCUUGCUGUCGAGUUCUGGAGCGGAGGGACAGACGCAGGAGGUGAGAGGGGGGAUUUUGAUGCGGGAUUUUUGGGAGACGGUGAAUGAGAAUUUGGAGGAGGGGAGGAGGAUGAGAGGUAUUGGGGCGAGGGAAUGGCUUGGGUUGGUUAGAGAGGAUGUGGAGAGGAAGGGGGAGAGUCAUUUGUUGUGGCCUUUGAUGGAAUAUUUGAGCGAGGAGGGGAACUUGGGGUUGGAUGUGAAGCCAGAAGGAGUCGAUGGAGAGAGUUUGAAGGGGGCGUUGGGGAAGUGUGUGAGGUACUUGAAGGAGAAAGGGUUCUUUAGUUAG